ACGAUGACGACGGCGGCGGCGGCGGGAGGCACCGAAUGAACGGCGCUACACACAGGCCGUAGACAGACAGGCAGAGCGCUUGAAAAUGUGCUAGUCGAUGGUGGCGGGUCUGGCGAGUACUGUCGGUUAUUGUUGCUUUGACCGUAUCCAUUCUGUGCUGGCAUGACACUAUCGCCACUAAUGCGAUAACAAUUGUCCGUCUUUCCCUAUCUUUGCCUAAGUAGCAAGCUAGCUGUUCACCAGUCCAGUUACCAUUUCCGCCAAAUGUUGGCUUUGGAAUAGAACGAGUAUUUUUGGAGCGAGAGUGCAACUCGAUUCGAUAAAAGUAGCUCGCUAGCUGGCUGGUCUGCCAAUCCAGAGCAAGGCAAGCAGGACAAGGUGCGACGAGGAGAACAAGUAGAUGUUUACAAGUGCUACUGUUAUCGAUACUGUUCUAAAAAAUAGUGACUAGCAGAGCGAAAGCUACUGAAGGAAAAGAUAGCACGGAACAAACUACUGAGGAAAUCUUAAGAAAACUUAAAUGAAACACAUUAAGCAAGAAUACCGAACGAAAACAAACAUCGAGUAUAUAUCGACAGCGGAAAAAGCUAAAAGAAAAAUGUCCAUAUAGAAUAAUUGUUAUUAUAAGAGGAUAUAGGAAACAACAACUCCAAAUUGUGUUCUUGUGUGUUCUGAAGUCUGUGCUCUUUCCAGUGGAUGCCGUUAGACAGCGUUACGACAACGUGCCUAGUUAUCAAUCACAGGAAUUGUAGUAUUGAAGUAAGGAGUAUUCUUUUAUCUCGGAGUACUACUGCCCGAGUCGGAGUUAUUAGUGUUUUUCAAACAAUAAAAAACAAACUACGUAUAUAUAUAUAUAUGUAUAUAUAUAUAUAUAUAUAUAUUUGUGUUAAUGCAAGCCAGCUCCAGGGAUCUCGUACUGGUAUAUUUAAUUUUUGCUAAUCGUGCGUUACGGAAUUUUUCUAGAGAAGAAAUAUCAUAUAGAUACACGGUGAAACGGAAGAUCGUAUCGCUUAGCGUUGACUGAAGUGGUGUUGCUGUGACUAGCAGUCCGAUCCCCGGAAUCGUUUGUUUCGUGAUGCGACUACUACAAUUACAGUGGUAUCGAAGUGCUCUGUUCUUGUUGCCCCCAGAGCGACAAACUUGUUCUGUCCUCGGCAGUGUCGAGGUAAAGUUCUACCAGUUGUAGGAGUACCCGUCGAUUCUCUACGUACAGCAAGUGAAUGUGUCAUCUACAUUUCGACGGCAGAUAUCGCUCUUUCCCGUCAACACGAAAAGUGCACCAACAACAACAACGACGAAAUCGAUAAAUCAACCAGACGUCCCAAUCAUCUCUGCAGUACAGACGAAGGAAGGAAGAAUAAAUCGACGAAGCUGGUUGCACCUUCCAGUGCUACCUUCACAUGCCUAUCUUAUUUCGCCUAUUCACCAAGGUUCUGAGGGAGCCCCGUAGUAAUCGGACAGGUAGCGUUUGAGAUUUAGGCCGUUUAGGCACUACCAUCAGUCGGUUGAGUUCGUGCAAGGCCAAACAAACUAGGCACAAGCCUCGUCAUUGACGUCGUAAACAUAAGUCACGGCCAUGUGCGCGGCUCCUACACCCGUUCUUGUUGCGGCAGCAACAGUGGCGGCGAGUUCGCCCGCGCUAACUUCUUCCGCUACUUGCACCUCCGUCCGACCGCUAUCGGUCGUACGAGAGCAACGGGUGGAAUCGACCCGAAGUAGCACCGAAACGGAUGCUUACACCCCCCAUCUGAAACGCGUCCUCAAGAGUUAUCAGGCAGCGGCCACGACCAGCCUUCAUGGCCCGAACAGCGUUAGAUGGACGACAGAGACUGCCUCCGAAAAAGAGGAGUCGGUAUCCCCCCUGACGCCGUCCCGACCUCCUAUACAACAGCCGCCACCGCUUCUUCUGCCGCUGCCGAAAGAUCGCCGUUCGAGUGGACAACGCUCAUCGACCGUGCUUGAAGGUGAGACCAUUGCGUGUUUCAAUGUGGGCGGUGAAGACCGACUGUGUUUGCCUCAGAUACUCAAUACGGUUCUACGCGGAUUUACGCUCCUUCAGAUCAACUCGGUCUGUGACGAUCUUCAGAUCUACUGUUCACGCUGUACGGACGAUCAGCUAGCGCAGUUGAAAGAAGCGUCAAUACUACCGUAUCGUAUUCCAUCGUGCGGGCUUAUCAGCAAAAGCGAUGCAGAGCGCUUGUGCGCCUCCUUGCUACACACCCCUGUUGAGGGCGGGCCGAAGGACGAGAACUGCGAGGCCCUCGAGGUCUACCACGAGUGUUUCGGCGGCUGUGAAGGGCUGUUCUAUACGGACAUCUAUUCCGGACCGAAUUCGCCCUGUGUACGAUGCCUAGAAUGCCGGGGCAUGCUAUCACCACGUCGUUUCAUCUCUCACGUGCAUCGCGCCAGGGCCGAGACUAGGACCUGCCAUUGGGGUUUUAGCUCGGCCAACUGGCGGCAAUAUCUACUUCCCGUUAAGGAGGAGCCGACCGUCAAGGAGCUGUUGGAUCAACUCAAAAGCAAGUUCGAUAAACGUAAAAAGUGUUCGUCGAGUCCCGGCAUCGAGGCGCAAGGCAAGGAGAGGACGGCAUCGUGCGAGCCUGUCAACACAAAUAUCGGUGGGGUUGUUGUGACCGUCGGCGCUGCGCCGACCUCGCCAGUGUCUCCGGCGCCUCCUGAAGACGACGUCGACAACAACGAAGACGAUGACAACGAUCGACCGACACCGAAAAAGGUCCGCUCAGAUGACGCCGCCUGUCCUUCGCUGUCGCCUGCGUCACCGAUUAGUUUCACGGCAUCCGGAACCCCGGUGGCUGGUACCGCGCUACAUCAGCAUCCGCUUGCUGCGCUUGGACUCGACCCAGCCGUUUGGUAUCAGUGGGCAGCCGCCGCAACGGCUAGGUCAUCCGCGUUCAAACCGUGGCAAACAGGAUUGUGCGGGAUGCUAACCGGCACAGCCUCAGCUAUUCCGCCAAACACGGCUACAGUCACCGCCUCCAAGCUAUCAGGCUUAACAGCGCCAAACUCAUUACAUGCAUUCGGCGUUGGGUCGCGGACACAUCGACGCCUUGCGAAUGGCCACUCCAACUCCUUGGAUUCGACAGAAGACGCCCUCUCUUCGACGUCGACUGUUAGCAGCAUGUCCGGUGCUGAACUCGAUGAGCAGCCGUAUUCGCCGGCGUUUCUGUAUCAGGCCAGCGACAUGUCGGGCUUACGGCGAGUGCUGGAGCAGCAUAAUCUCAACGCAAAGGCUUGCAACGACAUUCUCGUCGAAGCAUCGAGAAUGGUUUACGGUUAUCAACAGCUAGUGGACCAUCUAGCGCGUCAGAAGAGGCAACUGGAAAAGGAGGUAGACCACAUGAAACUGUCCGAGGCACCCUCACCUCAAGGGCGUGCUCUAGCAUCGCCCGCUGAGUCCGAACUGUCUAAGCUCGCCGAGGCCCAGUCGCUAUUCCGGGUAAAAGAAGAGCCUCUAGAAGACGACGAAGAAAUGGCCGGUCCCGGUGACAAAUUGGAUCGGUUACAACUUCAGCGGGAGGGUCGUCGAAUGUUGAUGGCUUAAACAGCUUCAAAAAAACAAAAAGGAGUGACAUUUGGCAAGAAUGGAUUUUUCUACAAAGGAUUUCGACUGCUGAGGUGUGAUGGCGGAAGCAGCACAGAGAAACAACGAGAGGAAAAAAAGGAAGAACGAGUCCGCAAACAACAGCGCCAAAGAGACUAUAAUCUGUAGGCCAAGGAAAUGUUUUUACAUGAGCAACCCGCUUGUGCGGAGUGGCGCGAAUGGACCUAAUUAACCUAUAAUCAACCCUGAGCAGAUGAGUUUAUGCGCUACGCUCUGACGUAUUGAACAAGACGAUAAACCCAGCCAAGCAAAGUAUCUAUCGAAAGAAAAUGGACGUGUGUCCUGCCUGGUACCAGCAACAGUCGGAACUAGAGUUCGUACAGCAGCCGUACUGAAGACGGAAACUAGCGACAGAGAAUCAACGAUAAGUCAUGGAGUGGAGGAACGUUUUGAGUAGUUAUCGUGCAGGUGAACGGAUGGACGGAAGACAAACGUGUUCUGUUUUUAUCUAAGCAGAAAAAAAGCUUUCGCAGAAAAACGAUAGUAGGAAGCUUAUAAUAUAGUAAUGAUAAUAAUUAUUAUAAGAAAUAAACAGCAGAGAAAGCUGACAGGCAGGAGUUUGAAACAACAGCUCAACUACUGUUAACCUAAGUUUCUUCUUAGUUGCGUUUGAUGUGGAUAGGGAUAUGGGCAUGAGAGAAGGAGCAAAUAAAGUUAGACAAAUGCAAAUAAAAAGAACACAAUAGGUUAAGGAUCUAAUUAGCUAGAGCAAUCCUUAUAUAUUAUGACGAUGAUCACAAUAUGAUGACAACAGGCAAAAGCAAUUCAGUUUACUGCUAGUGUUACCCACGGCAGUUGCGUAGGAGGAGUUCGCCAUGAACAAAUAUAACAACCCAAACAGCGGUCUUGAGUUUUCAGUAAUGUAACCCCAACCUCAGCUUACUCUGAAGUCACAGUGCAUUUUCCGUCGACGUUCAAAGUUUAUCGGCGAUAUUCAACAUUGUAUAGUAAUUAAUAAUAAUACUAGUAGCAUUAUCGUAGAAGUAGAGAAAGCUGCGAUUAUUAUAUAGAAUGGCUAUAUAUACAGAAUGGCUGCGCAACAUGGGAGCGGCUUGAGGCGAGUCCGAAGUAAAGGACGUGCAAAUAGAGGCAAAGUUUAACAUACGUGUUAAUUGGUUGGUAUAGGUAAAUGUUAAACGGUAGAUUUCACGACGGAUAUACAGAAUUGUUGAAGACCGGGCUAGAUAUAGCGAAGAGUGAGGAUGACUCGAAACGAAACAGAUAACACACACACACACACACAUACACACACACACACACACACACACACACACACACACACACACGCACAUACACGCCCACACCCACGACGGAAAAAAAGAUGCGGACAUUAUAGGCGGUAUGGUGGAUUAUGGCCUACGUAGUCUCUGCGUACUAUACGAGAUGUCUCACUUGUCGUUUGGUUCGAAGCUUGGCGGUGUCCGCUCCGCUGUGUUCGGUGGCAAUCUGCCGGCAAAAGCUGCCUCCUUGAGAGUUCGGGUGGCUAUCGCUAGGUAAAUGAAAACAGUGGCCAUGAAUAGAUCAAAAUUAAAUGUUGAUAACGCUAAGGGACGUAAGACCACUUGGCAGACGUUGAGGUAGUAUCGUUGAUGAGAUAUUCGUUAGGACUGAGAUCUGUUUUUCAAUGUUGGACUCUUCCAAGCCGUCGUUGGCACAGUGGCGAGAGAUUCGCGUCACCAAAAAGCCGUUACUAUGACGACUACAUCAAAACUAGAAAAAAAAAAACAAUCGUUAGCGUUGAUUGUCCGUUAAUGAGAUUACCAUAAUCACAGUUUUAAAUCAUUGCUUAAAGGGAAGCGACAGAAAUUAGCGGUACCAAGAAAGGGUCAAUACCCUUCUUGGUAUCUGGCAAGAGUAAACAGUACGGCUCUACACAUUGGUAAAUGAAAUAAAUGUAUGCCGCUAUAAUUGUUAGUAACAUUGUUUGUUAUGAGAGAAUGCUAAGAAGUGAUGAAGUUUUAAUGUUUUCGAAGACCAAAUCGGCGUCUGCCCAGCCCCCCUCGAGCAGAAUACACUUCGCGCUAAUCUACGCUCUUACUGAUUGCUGUUUCCAUUAGUUGGAAAAAGGGCUUUUUAAUUGAAGUUAUAAUUAUUGAUAUUAUGGUAUAAUGCGCCGUAGUAUAUAGAUAAAGCGAUGAGUUCAUCGGAGUUUGCAUCGUGUCAGAAGGAUACGCAUGAGCUAAAAAACCGAAACGUAAAUCCAGUUCGAGGAAAACGUUUCUUCUCCUCCUAAGGCAAGCAGAUAUAGCCAUCGCUGGAUACAUAUACGUAGUUAAUUAUUAUAUUAAUAAGUGUGAUGAUGGCGGUCAUAAUAAUAUGAUAAUAAUUAGCACUGCUCAGACGAGUCGUAGUCGAAUUGUUAUAAAUGAGUUGCAGAACGAGUAAACAACGAGUUACACGAAUGUGGCUCGGGGCAAAUAACCUUUUCUGGUGGCGGGUUUUUUUAAACUUUUCUCGAGCGUGCGCGUCGAGUCUUGGCUCGCCGGGUCGAAUUGGAAAUCAAGCGACCCAGUCUAACUAGUCAAUCUUGUAGGUAGGCAAAUAAUGUAGAGAAAAAAAAUCGCUGAUCAGGGGAGAAAAUGACGACUGCAGUUAUUAUGAUCAUUGAUUAGUAUUGUAAAGGGAUAUUUGUAGCCGAACAUUGUAUUGCACGCAGAGUAGCUGUCACACGCUACAGAUGUAUGCACAACUACAUAUAUUUACACACAGACAGACACACGAAGAGAAAUGGACCCUUACGAGGUCGACGGUAUCAAAGCAGUUGCACAAAUUCGAUUCAAACAAAAAAAAAAACAACAACAACAACAACAACGAUUAUAGGACUGAUACAGUUGAAACACUUUGAGAUAACCCGAUUACAGCAGAACGUCCAGGUUCGAUAGGGCUUGUUAUAGGCUACUAUUACAUUAACACUGUGUUAGUUUUGAAGAGCCCUAAAUUUACUAUAUUUUAGGCAGGUUUAUCUAUACCAAUUCAGAACACGAGACUUUAUUAGCCGCGUUUUGCCAGGGCAAGAUGAUAUGAGCCGAAGUCAGACAACAGUCUCCAAGUUUCUGUACAGCAGGUAAAACACGAAAUCAUUUAUAUUCUGUUCGAGCAGCAACAGACGUUUCCUUCGUCGAAAUCAUUGCACCGAUCGCCCCUCUUCGACCUUUUGUUGAAACUACAAAUUUUCUCACUUCUGUCUGCAGCUGGCACUCGAUGACUACACUAUAGCUCAAUGACACUAAUUAAUUAUACAUCAUGUACUAAAAAAUGCAACAAUACCAAUGAACCAGUCUCUACAUGAAGUACAUAAUGCCUACAUUGUGUGGGUAUAUAUUGAUCGUACCAGCCACCAUAGAUGAUAACAACAAACUUUAAGCGCCUACAUAAAAAUCAAUCACCAUAGCCACCACAAACAAAAAACAACAAUUACAACUACGGUUAUAACGGCUACUACUACAACGAUAAGAACAGCAGCAACAACAACAACAACAACAACAACCACCAACUACCACAACAAUGCGUGACUAUCUGCACCUAGUAGGAGACAACAUACGUAGUUCUACUUCAAGUUGACUGUUGAGACAGAAUAGUCGUGUUUUCUAAUGAAAAUAAUUAUGGUCGUACAGAUCCCGAUUAUUUGUGAUGAGGAAGGGAGUGUCUGCAUCUUGAAAGAUGACGAGAAAUGAGUGCGUGUGUAACUCUUUUUUUCCUUUCCUAAGAAAGUAUAAGGCAAACAGAUAGAAUACUAAUAAUACCCGCAUUGAUCUGGAUGAUACAAAUUGGUAUUAUUAGAAGGACGGCAAAAGGCUGAGAGAGAAUUUAUGACGGCGCUCUUUGCUGACUUCACGCAUCGCGAACGCGGCACUGCCUCGCGAGUCUGUCGGGUCAAAUGCCCGAACCACGAAGAUAGAAUGGUCUAAUGGCUUGCAUUAUCUGCAUCCGAUGCGGAUCGUAACGAAGAUAUCCAGUGACAGAAAAUCGCGGCGCCGUACACGUAUUGACAAAACAUACGACCUGCGCCAAUAACUGGGCGUGCAGCUGUUUAACUUGUGAUUGACCUGUACCGCAAGUGCGUGAUAAUAUAAUCAUGUUAAGUCUCUAAGGUACGAGAAAAAUUUAAUUCAACCAUUUCUAUUCAAUUAGAUUUUUUUGGCCAGCACAUCGUACCGCGACAAGACCGAGCUAUUAUUUGGGCAGGAAAUAGUGAGAUUCUAAAUACUGGACUAAGUUAUUGACUAUGAUGGAAAUUGAACAUGGAUUAACGGCCCAUAUGGCCACAUAAUUGAGAGCAUUAGGCUUGCUUUUAUGAUUUGCUAGUGACAGCAGGCACUGAAUAACUGAAAUGAAAAUUAAGAGAAAAAUUAAUAAAAAGGGAAGUGCGACACGUCCGUAAGAAAGCGAGUGUUCAUGUCGCGUUUGUUUCGAUGUGCCCAUACCAAUAAUGAUGAAGCUUUGAUAGGAAAUCAGGAUGUCUGUCUGUGUCUAUUUGUGAUGUUUACAUGUCCAUACACUGUGUUUCAACUUUGUACUGGACUAGAGACAUGUUUCCUGUAUAAAAACAAAGAAUAUGAUACUAGACUAAUUACUCAACAGGAUUAAAGAACGAUAUUCUACCAGCCAACAAAAUGAAGGGUAACUGUCGAACGAACUAACAGCAGAAAGAAACAAAAAUACUAGAGUUUCUAUAGAUAUAUUUAUUAACAUAAAUAAAAUGUGUCAAAAA